AUGGCGCCUUUAUUUAUUCUUACGGAGACGGCGGCUGGAUUGGUUUUAUUUAAGGCCGAUAAAAAGCUUUUGAAGAAGGAUGAUGUCGCUUCAGAAAUUGAAACCGCUGAGGGGAUCAAUGGAUUAUUGAAGCUUAAGCAAUUCCAAAAGUUCGACAGUGCCGCGACAGCUUUGGAGGAGGUUGCUUCGUUGGUCGAGGGAAAAGUUUCACCUAUGCUUGCAAAACUUCUCGACACUUUAAAGGAUGAGAAGAAGGCGUCUCUGGCCGUUGCUGACCCUAAAUUGGGACAAGCUAUCAACAAACUCCCUGGUUUGACUCUCACACCAAUCUCCGACUCGAAAACAAAUGACAUUUUCCGUGGAAUCCGCGAUCACCUCCCCUCCUUGAUCCCAGGUCUCCUCCCCGAACACAUCUCCACUAUGUCACUGGGUUUGUCGCAUUCUUUGUCGCGCCACAAGCUGAAGUUCUCACCCGACAAGGUUGAUACCAUGAUUGUGCAAGCUAUUUCGUUGUUGGAUGAUUUGGACAAGGAGCUCAACACAUACGCUAUGAGAGUAAAGGAAUGGUACGGAUGGCAUUUCCCAGAAAUGGGCAAGAUUGUGAACGACAAUUUGGCCUACGCUAGAGUUAUUUUGAAGGUCGGUAUGCGCGUGAACACUUCAAGUACCGAUCUCGCGGAUAUUCUCCCAGAAGAAAUUGAGGCUGCCAUCAAAGCUGCUGCUGAAGUUAGUAUGGGUACUGAAAUCACUGAAGAAGAUUUGGACAACAUCAAGCUUUUGGCAGAGCAAGUCGUCGGCUUUACAGAAUAUCGUCAGCAAUUGUCAAGCUACUUGUCUGCACGUAUGCAAGCAAUUGCCCCCAACUUGACCGAGUUGGUUGGCGAGUUGGUCGGGGCUCGAUUGAUCGCUCACGCUGGAUCUCUUAUGAACCUCGCCAAGAGCCCUGCCAGUACCAUCCAAAUUCUUGGUGCUGAAAAGGCUCUAUUCAGAGCCCUUAAGACGAAACAUGACACUCCAAAAUACGGUCUUAUCUACCAUGCUUCGCUGGUUGGUCAAGCUACUGGAAAGAACAAGGGAAAGAUCGCGCGUAUGUUGGCCGCCAAGGCAGCUAUUGGACUGCGCGUCGAUGCUUUGUCAGACUGGAGUGCACAAGGUGAAGGCAAAGGUGAUGAUGUUGACGAUGAAGAGAGAUCCGCACUGGGUGUCACUUCACGUGCUAAGAUUGAACGUCAUCUCCGAGGCAUUGAAGGAAAGCCUCUCCUUCCUCGUGGUGUUGCUGUUGGACCAAAUGGCAAGACAACUUCAGCUCCUGGUAAAUGGGAAGUCAAGGAAGCCCGAAAAUAUAACGCAGAUGCGGAUGGUCUUGCUGGGGAUGAGCCAGCCGCUGCUAUCCCGGUGAGAGAGAAGAAAAACAAGAAACUCAUCGAGGAAGUUGCUGAGAAGUCUGAUUCUGACUCUUCAGACGAGAGCGAUGCCUCUGAAAAGAAAUCUAAAAAGGGAGACAAGGAAGCCAAAAAGGCUGAGAAGGCUGCCAAGAAAGCCGAAAAGGCUGCGAAGAAGGCCGCAAAAGCAGCUAAGAAGGCAGUAAAGGAAGCGAAGGAAGUAAAGAAGAGUGCCGUAAAUGACACACCCGAAGUUAAUGGAAAGAAACGAAAGUCAGAAGAUGAUGGCGAAAAGUCCGAGAAAAAGAAGAAGAAGAAGAACAAGGAUUGA